UUGGUGUCAACAUGGCGCUCAGCAAGACGUUCGGACAGAAGCCGGUGAAGUUCCAGCUGGAGGAGGAUGGAGACUUCUACAUGAUCGGGUCGGAGGUGGGAAACUACCUCCGCAUGUUCAGAGGCUCCCUGUAUAAAAGAUAUCCGUCGUUAUGGAGGAAACUGGCAUCGGUAGAAGAACGGAAGAAAAUAGUGGAGUCGUCUCACGAUCAUGGCUACACUCAGCUGGCGACCAGCGUGACGCUGCUGAAGGCCUCCGAGGUCGAGGAGAUCCUCGAGGGGAACGAUGAGAAGUACAAAGCGAUUUCCAUCAGCACUGAGCCCCCGGCCUACCUCAGGGAACAGAAGGCGAAGAGGAACAGUCAGUGGGUUCCCACGCUGCCCAACAGUUCCCACCACCUGGACGCCGUUCCCUGCUCCACCACCAUCAACCGCAGCCGACUGGGCCGCGACAAGAAGAGGACCUUCCCACUGUGCUUUGAUGACCAUGAUCCAGCUGUGAUCCACGAGAACGCCACUCAGUCCGAGGUCCUGGUUCCGAUCCGCCUGGACAUGGAGAUCGAGGGGCAGAAGCUCCGAGAUGCUUUCACCUGGAACAUGAACGAGAAGCUUAUGACGCCCGAGAUGUUUGCUGAGAUCCUGUGCGAUGACCUGGACCUCAACCCGCUGGCCUUCGUCCCUGCCAUCGCCUCCGCCAUCCGACAGCAGAUCGAGUCUUACCCAACCGACAGCAUCCUGGAGGAGCAGUCGGACCAGAGGGUCAUCAUCAAGCUGAACAUCCAUGUAGGCAACAUCUCUCUGGUGGACCAGUUUGAGUGGGACAUGUCCGAGAGGGAGAACUCUCCGGAGAAGUUUGCCCUGAAGCUGUGCUCCGAGCUCGGCUUGGGGGGGGAGUUUGUCACCACCAUCGCCUACAGCAUCCGCGGUCAGCUGAGCUGGCACCAGAGGACGUACGCCUUCAGUGAGAACCCCCUCCCCACAGUGGAGAUAGCCAUUAGAAACACAGGCGAUGCUGACCAGUGGUGCCCCCUGCUGGAGACCCUGACAGACGCAGAGAUGGAGAAGAAGAUCAGAGACCAGGACAGAAACACGAGGCGAAUGAGGCGACUGGCGAACACGGCACCUGCUUGGUAGACGAGGCAGCAUCCAUGCCGCUGCCCCCCCACCCUAAACCCCCCCUACAAGAACGGUGCUUGCCUGAUGGAGGUAUGACUCUGUCACGGUUCCCAACAGCAGCAACAAAGAAGUCCCUCCCUCACGCGCUGGAUGUGUUUCCUGCUCGGCCAGCCGUUCCCCAUGUCGCUUUUUAUUCUUGUUAUUAUUGAUAUUUUGUCGUCUUGGACGAAAUCCCCGGUAGAAACAAAUCUCCCUCCUUCAUGUUUUCCUCCCGACCCUCAGCCUGGAGAAGCUGCUCCCUCACUUUGACCACUGACUCUCUUUCCCUGAUCAGAGGGAGAAACAUCACAACAACAACAACCAGUCUCAGAUAAUAUAUUGUUAUGUUGUACUUGUUGUCUUUUUGUACAUUUUAAUAAUUCUUACAAAAUAAAAAAACUGAAAACUUGA